AGUUCUUGUGCGGAAGAGGGGACGGAGAACGAGAUGGCUGAAGUUAGGUAGCGCUGUGUUUGGGAAUAAUAUCUUCUCCAUGGAGCUUCUCAGCAGGAAGCAGGGCAGCCGGGGUCGGCUGUUUGUACUCGCUGUUGUUUGCGGGCUGUGUUUAGGGUCCGUGCGCUGUUUUGGACCGAGUCAAGACAGCGAGUUCACGUUUAUGCUACCAGCCGGAAGAUCAGAGUGUUUCUUCCAAACAACAAUAAAGAAUGGUUCGAUGGAGGUCGAAUUUCAGGUGAUUGCAGGUGCUGGUAUGGAUGUUGACUUCACCAUCAUCUCUCCAGGAGGCGUCCAGCUCAUCGCUGAUGCUCGACGGUCUGACGGGGUUCACCUUGUGGAGCCUACAGAGCAGGGAGACUAUCAGAUCUGCUUUGACAACAGCUUCAGUCGCUUCUCAGAGAAGAUGGUGUUCUUCGAGAUCAUCAUCGAGGGUCAGGCAGGAGAUGUGGCUGGAGAGGAUGACUUGGCGGAUGUAGAGGACUCCGAUGGAAACCUGCUUGAGUAUAAGCUGGACGACAUCCGGGAAUCCAUGGACUCUCUGCACAGACGCUUGGAGCGUAGCUGGCAGAUGCAGAUGGUGUUGCGGGCUUUUGAGGCGCGGGACAGGAACCUCCUGGAAGAUAACCUUUGGAAAGUCUCUUUCUGGUCCUGUGCCAGCAUGCUGGUGAUGCUGUGUGUGGCCUUCACUCAGGUCUACACUGUCCGGAAACUGUUCGAUGAUAAGCGGAGGGUCUGCACGUAGAGAAGACAUUGGGAUGUGCAUCAAGACUGGGCUGGGAAGCAAGACGCGAUGUGUAUACUUUUUUGUCACAACAUCAAUAGUAGCGAUCAACUUCAUCACUCCUUUGACAUUUUUACAUGGACUGUUUGCAACCCGUCUUUGAAGGGUAUCCACGUAAGGGAACAAGAAAUUCCAAAUUGGCCAUUUCAUUUUAUUUAAUGCCAUUUUUACCACAAACCAAUGAGAACAUCCUUUUUUUUUUAAAAGUCACGAUUCAUGUCAACAGAGCCACAGAGGUCGUGUUACUGCUGAGCCUCUGUUUCUGAUACAGUUUGAGGAUUUCUGGGGGAUUUUUGGCCAAAAGGUGAAAUGAACCUAAUUAUGGGUUUAAGGUCAGUUAUACAGCAUCACUCAAAAAGUAAUCUAAAUAACUUCUAGUUUGCUAGUUUACAAAUAAUAACAGUAAUAAUAAUAAUAGUAAUAAUGUGCAAUAGUCACUGGUGUAUUGGUUUUUCCUGACAUUUUUAAUGCAGCCGUUGUGUUGGUGGUUUGUCAAGUGAUCCAAAUGUGUCCUUGGUUGUCAUUAUUACCAUUUAUUUUUCUUUUCUGAGGGAUGUUACUGAUUUGUUUCUGUGUGCCAGAAGAUGUUAAUGUUGGCAAAUUGGAAUGUAGUUAAACUGGGAAUAUUUCCAGUGACGUACUGUAUGUGUGUUUGUGACUCCUCCAUACGCACACAGUAUGAAUAUGUUGGUUCAGGUGAUACAAAAUUGUGAAUUGUGUUUCGGAGGAGAACAAAAAGUUGCUUUUAUUCCGUUUGUUUACAAAGUCGACAACAUGUGACAUUUGGUUUGUGCCCGUAGACCCAUAGAGUGAUUUGUUGUGUUUAUAAUCAGGUUUUCAUGGGUGUCAUUGAGAUUAAUAAAUACAUUUUUACACACUUGAAA